GAAGGUUGGAGAGGACUCACAGUGGUGCGAAGCCUCUCGUUCUUCGCGGCAGUAGCAGAAUGGUGACUUACAGGUUUCACCAAUAUCAGGUGGUGGGUAGGGCUCUCCCUUCCGAGACAGAUGAGCAUCCAAAGAUCUAUAGGAUGAAAUUAUGGGCAACAAACGAGGUUCGUGCCAAAUCGAAGUUCUGGUAUUUCUUGAGGAAGCUCAAGAAGGUCAAGAAGAGCAACGGGCAAGUCCUUGCCAUCAAUGAGAUUUUUGAGAAAGACCCAACCAAGGUAAAGAAUUAUGGGAUUUGGUUGCGGUACCAAAGUCGGACAGGGUAUCACAAUAUGUACAAGGAGUACCGAGACACCACUCUUAAUGGUGGUGUUGAGCAGAUGUACACUGAGAUGGCUUCUCGCCACAGAGUAAGAUAUCCAUGCAUCCAGAUUAUCAAAACGGCUACCAUCCCUGCCAGUCUUUGCAAGAGAGAAAACACAAAGCAGUUUCACAAUGCCAAAAUCAAAUUCCCUUUGGUCUUCAAGAAGGUUAGGCCACCAACCAGGAAGCUCAAGACGACAUACAAGGCAUCAAAACCCAACUUGUUUAUGUAAUGAGAUGGGGGGAUCUUUCACUUACCCAAAUUUUGUAUUUGCAUUUGAGUUCUUUCAAUGUUAUUCGUUUAUAUCGGUU